UUCAGGGUGCAAUGCUUCCCUCACUAAGACGGGCGAAACAGACGUAACUCAACAUCCCACAGAUACAGAUACAUACAUAGGUCGUGUUGAGACAAAUGACCGCACGUCCAGUCCAUGGCCACAGACCAGUCUUGCGGGGACCCCAAAUACCCCACACCUACCGGACGUGUUAGACGAUCAGCGACAGAAAUGCAAGGGCGUCAAUGUCGGUUAACGCGCAUUUCCACGGCGAGACCGAAGCGGUCCAUAUCGCUUAUUAUUAUGACAUAUAGGUCGCAGUAUCCCCACCAACCUACAAGGGAAAACGUGUACCGUCCAACGCCGAGUAGCCCGGGUCUUCGGCAGACAGUCAAUCAGACGCCUCUCAAAAAUGGCGCAUAUCCACCGCGAAGCCUGUUGUGCUUCGACCUGCAGCUUAGGUAUUCGUUUCGCAUAGACUCGGAGUGGGUUGUAGGCUUCCCGUUGCUCCUCGGCCAGUUUCGUAGUCUGAGUUGCGGAUAUCAUGCAACAUGUACAUGUACCAUGAUGUGGUGGAAAGCUGCCAAGUUCGUAUACAAAAAAAGCGUAAGUUCACCCAUCGCAUAAACUGGCAAGAAAACCUUCUCUUUGGAAGUUGGAACAAGUCGUCCAGGCACCGCGGAGGGUAUUUGGGGUAGUGCUACGGAAUUGGGGUUGAGGAAACCAGCCCGAAGAAAUCGAGAAACUUGCCCGAUCCGGUAGUCGCCUCUCAGCUUCGGAUGUCCGCGGUGUGUGUGUGUUUGGGUGUGUCCCUGAAUUACCCCUAGAGUGUCGAUUUUCACACCGAGUGGCAAUUCCAUUACUCUAUCGCUUUCCUUCUCGCUCA